GGCGGCGAGGAUGCUCCCCCUCAGCCGCGGGCGGCCCCGCCGCUGGCAGCACCCGCUGCUCCUCCUGUCAGGGCUGCUCUGGGCGCCCGCGCUGGUGGCUUUCAACCUGGACGAGGAGAAGCUGACGGUGUACAGCGGGCCCCCGGGCAGCUACUUCGGGUACUCGGUGGACUUCUACAUCCCCGACCCCAGCACGGUCAGUGUCCUGGUGGGAGCUCCCAAAGCCAACACCACGCAGCCAGACAUCGUGGAAGGAGGAGCGGUGUAUUACUGCGCCUGGCCCGCCGCCCCGUGCAGGCAGAUCCCCUUCGACAACACCAACAACAGGAAAAUUAAAGUCAAUGGCACCAGGGAACCUAUUGAAUUUAAGACAAAUCAAUGGUUUGGGGCGACAGUCAAAGCUCAUAAAGAAAAAGUUGUGGCUUGUGCUCCUUUGUAUCAUUGGAGAACCCUUAAAGACAGCCCUGAGAAGGACCCUGUUGGCACCUGCUAUGUAGCAAUUCAGAACUUCAGUGCCUAUGCUGAAUAUUCACCUUGUCGCAACAGCAACGCAGAUCCGGAAGGACAAGGCUUUUGUCAAGCAGGUUUCAGUUUAGAUUUUUACAAGAAUGGGGACCUGAUAGUAGGCGGGCCCGGUAGUUUUUAUUGGCAAGGUCAGGUAAUCACUGCAAGUAUUGCGGACAUCAUUGCAAAUUAUUCCUUCAAGGAUAUUCUGAGGAAACUGGCACCAGAGAAGCAAACAGGAGUGGCACCACCCUCAUAUGAUGACAAUUACAUGGGAUACUCAGUGGCUGCUGGAGAAUUUACUGGGGAUUCUGAACAAGAGCUGGUUGCUGGAGUCCCAAGGGGAGCACAGAACUUUGGCUAUGUCUCAAUUAUUAAUUCUUCUGACUUGACCUUUAUCCAGAACUUCACUGGUGAGCAGAUGGCGUCCUAUUUUGGGUACACAGUUGCGGUAUCUGAUGUUAACAAUGAUGGUUUAGAUGAUAUCCUAGUCGGUGCCCCUCUUUUUAUGGAGCGAGAAUUUGAGAGCAAGCCUAAAGAAGUUGGGCAAGUUUAUCUGUACCUGCAAGAAAGUGCAUUCCUCUUCCAAGAUGCACAAAUUCUGACAGGCACUGAAGUGUUUGGUAGAUUUGGCAGUGCAAUCACACACCUUGGAGAUCUCAAUCAAGAUGGAUAUAAUGACAUUGCUAUUGGUGCACCAUUUGCAGGAGAAGACAGAAGAGGGAAAGUGCUCAUUUACAAUGGGUACAGUAAUGGGUUAAACCCUAACCCUUCCCAGGUUCUCAAUGGAGCCUGGGCCUCACAGUCCAUGCCUUCGGGAUUUGGCUUCACUCUAAGAGGAGACUCAGAUGUAGACAAGAAUGAUUACCCAGAUUUAAUUGUGGGUGCAUUUGGAGCUGGAAAAGCAGUUGUUUACAGAGCCAGACCUGUUGUGACAGUGAAUGCUCAUCUUAUACUGAACCCCAUGAUUGUGAAUCCAGACAAUAAAACCUGUCAGCUCCCCAUCUCUCAACUUUUGGUGGCCUGCUUUACUGUAAGAGUCUGCGCAGAUUUUGAAGGUCAAAGUAUUUCAGAUGAGAUAGUGCUGAAAGGUGAAUUGCAAUUAGAUUCAUUGAAACAGAAAGGAGCUGUUAAGAGGACCCUCUUCUUUGAUUACCAUCAGUCACAUCACUACUUCUCCAUUGUGAUAGAAAGACAGAAACAAGUCCAUUGCCAGGACUUCCUUGUUUAUCUCAGAGAUGAAACAGAAUUUAGAGAUAAAUUAUCUCCCAUCAAUAUAAACUUCAAUUAUAGUUUGGAUGAGUCCAGUUUUGAAGAUAGUUUGACUGUGAAGCCAAUACUGAACUAUUACCAGAAAAACUCAUUAGCAGAGCAGGCUUACAUUCUGGUUGACUGUGGGGAGGACAACUUAUGUAUUCCUGACUUGCAACUUUCUGCUGUGCCGGAUACAGAUCAGCUGAUAAUUGGAGAAGAAAACUGUGUCAUGCUCAUAAUAAAUCCAAGGAAUGAUGGGGAAGGAGCCUAUGAAGCUGAGCUACAUAUAAAGAUUCCGCCUGAGGCAGAUUACACUGGGGUUGAACGCAACAACAAGGCACUGCGUGUAUUGAGCUGUGAUUACAAGAUGGAAAAUGAAACUAGAAUGGUGGUUUGUGAUCUUGGGAACCCCAUGGUGGCUGGCGCAAACUUCUCCACAGGCAUUCGAUUUUCUGUUCAGCAUUUUGAAAAUGCAGAUUUCAGCAUCAAUUUUGAGCUGCAAAUAAAAAGUUCUAACAAGAUAAAUUCCACCAGCAACUUAGUGAACCUCCAUAUCAACAUCAGUGCUGUGGCUCAAGUACAGAUCAGAGGAGUGUCUCACCCCCCAACAAUUAUUUUGCCACUUCACAACUGGGAACCCAAAGAUGAACCUACAAAAGAAGAAGAAGUUGGUCCUUUAGUAGAACACAUCUAUGAGCUGCACAAUAUAGGACCAAGUGCCAUCAACAAUACAGUUCUCCAUGUUGGUUGGCCUGUGUCCAAAAGAGAAGAAUUUCUUCUUUAUAUCCUUCACAUUCAGACACAUGGACCAUUGCACUGUCAAACAAGCUCUCCUAUUAAUACAAUGCAAAUAAAGUUUGCUGUUCCACAAGACACUCCUGAACUUGCUGCUUUUUUAUACAAUUCCACAAUUUCUCAUUACAUCAGGAGAAGGGAUGUUGCAGUGGCAGAACCUCACAGGAAAAACUCUGCAAAAAUAUUGAACUGUACAAAUGUGAAGUGUGUCUUAAUUUCGUGCACUGUGGGACAGCUGGAAAGAGGAAAGAGUGCUGCACUAAAAAUCAGAUCCCGGCUCUGGGCACAAACAUUCCUGGAGAGAAAGAAUGAACUCUAUAGUCUUUCUUCCAAUGUUUCCUUUGAAGUUAAGAGCAUGCCAUAUAAAGUGCAACCAGCAAAGCUCCCCGAGGGAAGCAUAGCACAUGUGUUCCAUACCAGAAACACAUGUGCAGAGUUCUGUUGAUAGUGGGGCCUUCAUCUGGACCGGAGUGCUUUACCCCAGGUGAUAGCCUGCUGUUCUCAACAAGUGUCAGAUGAUCUACCAAAUGAUCAGAUAAGCAUUUCAUUCUCUUACUCCAGCCACUAUAAUGCUUGUUAUUUGCAGCAGAUGAUUUACAGCAAAAUGCCUGUAAUAGCAACUGUAAAAUGUUGAAAAAUGAUAACACUUUUAUGUAGUUUCAUAUCUGGACAUGGCAGUGGAUGCUUGCCAGCUCUACAGCUUGAUGUGUUAUAUGCACCAGUUCUUUGAUGUUCCACUUGCAAGAAGAAAUAUUUCCUUGAAGUUGGGCAAAGCUUAAUAUUUUUGCUCCUUCUGAAAAAGAUCACUAGUUGUGCUUUAAAAGCUUCCAAAGAUUUAUUUCAAGGUUUAUGGUUUUCCUUCAGACAAUGAAAGGGUGGAAGAAGGAUUUAAAUAUUUUUAAAAUAAAUUUUCAGAAGUAUAUAUCAAAUAAUCGGCUAGCACUUUAAAGUUUAUAUGAAGAAGAUAAUAUAUUUUAAAGCAUAAAGCAUAUGUCCUUCAUCUAAUUCAUAUAGUGCUGGAUUCCAAUUAUGCAGGCUGAUAUUUACUUUUAGUUUUAAUGGCAUAAAUAAUCCCAUACACAUCAGUAAUGUACAGAGUCACGUAAUCCUAUUUGCAGCUCUGAGGACUUUAUCAUCAUAGAAUAUAGGUCUUGGACACAUGGAUCUUGAAGACGGGAUAAGAAUAUGUGGAUCUUUUAUAGUAAAACAUUAGAAUGAAAAUGCAUCAGACAGAAAAUUAGCAUGGACCUUAGACUGGAACCCACUGACAUCUAUAAUAGUAUUUCCAUUAAUUUUGAUAUUCUUAGAAUUGCAGCCAUAUAUUAUGCAACUGGUUGAAUUUCCUUGCUAGCAGCAAUUUCAUUCAAGAGAAAAAAAUUAUUUUUUUUGCUACAAGUAUUAUUAUGGUAAAAAAUACUGUCUUGGUGAAUUUCAUGUGCAACAUGAAAGUACUUUUUAUUGCAAAAAGUACAAAGUCAGAAUAAGCAGCAAUUUGCUCUAUUUUAAUUUAUGAUUCUUGAGCCAGUUUGAGAGUUUAAUAAAAUAUGGUUGCUUUUCUUAAACAUUUGAUAAGAUUUUCACUGUGGAUUCCUUUAGUCUAAACUGUUUGAUCAGUGUCCUACAGUGAGUAAUACUGGUUUCAGACUAAGGCCUAUAAGUUUUUUUAGUUAUUAUAUGGGGAUAGUGCUUUAAACAAGCAUAUAUUCCUCAUUAAAUAUAAUUGCAUAAACAUUUGUGAUGUGUAAAUGUAAAUGUGAUUUCAAGCUGAAAGGAGCUUUUAGGUUCUAUUUUGAGCAUUUUUUGAGAACAUGUAAGAACAUCAUGCUGUAAUUGUUGCAUGAGGACGUGUAGGAGUACAAAAGGAAUUCCUAUUUCUCAGACUCUGUAAAGAAAAUUUCUGAAGACUAAAGGAAGGUCAUAAUGGGCAGCAAAAGCAGUAGCACUAAAAUAAGAAAUCAUUUAGUUGCUGUGUCUUGAAGUAGCAGAAUAAAUUAUGGAGAAGUUAUUUUUGGUUUUUAAAGUGUGUGUUUUAAAGAACUUUGUGAGAAUCCCAUUAGCAUGCACUGAAUUCUGACCACACAAUUGCACCAGUCAAACCUAAUUCCCAUCUAUACAACGAGGAAGUGCCAGUGAACCAGCAGAUUACUACAUGUGCUUCUCUCUGCUUCGUGCACCCCUCCAGAGGAGUCAAAGACUAUUUAGUGCUAACACUAAAAUCAGAAGCAAAACUAAACUGGAUGAAAUACAGUGCAAAAACUCUAAAAAUUAUUUUAUCUACUUACAGUGAGCUUAAUUAUGGCACAUUUUAAAAUAGGCACAUUUUUAAAGCCUAUUGUUGCUUUCAUAAGUAAAAAAUUACUUUCAUGUAACCCACAAGGGGUUAUGAAGUUAAGACAAUCUCACAGCAUCUGUGCUAAGACCAGCAUGAAUUUUAUUUCCAAUAGCAAACAAAGGCUCUGUCCAUAACUCUUGGGUUGACUUCACCCUCAUCUCAGUGCCUGAGGCAGAUGGCAUUCUUUGGCACCCUUUGCAUAGGAAAGGUGUGAGAUGUUCAGCAGUGUCAGAAGUCAGAUAGCUCCUCUCAAGUCUGUGAGAUGUGCUUUUCACCCACCUGACAGAGAAGCAAGCAUUGUUUUCAGUGUUCAGCAUAAAGUCUUGUCCUGAACAAAGAGGAAAGCCAAUAUGUAUCUAAAGUACAGCAUCAACAUGCAACACUUGUGUAAAAAUUCCACUUCAUGUUGGCCACCUUAGAUGGAAACAUUCCCUGGCUCUGAUCCUGCAGUACUAAACCUACCGCAUGGAGAAGAACAGAAGUCCAAGCUGAAAAUACAAACUUGUUUUAAAUCAAAAUCAUAUGUAAAACUGUUGUGGACAGCAUGGGGUGAAGAAGCGACAGUCCUCUGUAAAAAUGCUGAAACAAGGCAGACAAAGCUGAAGGAAUGUUUUGUUUCUGUCUUCCCCUCCAGCUUCUGCCUGGACUCUGUGGGUGUUCAGGACUUGUAGUGUCAAACUGCAAGUCUUUGUGUAGAGAAUAAAGGGUGGCAGCCCAGGGCAUUAUAUCCUGCUGGUAAUGCACAAGGACAGGAGUGAGACUGAUGCCUACAUAUAAUCCCCUGCUCAGGAAAUAAAUCUCAAGUACUUAACACAACCAUCCCCUUGCCUUUAAAACCUAAGACAAAGAAGGAUUCAUGGGAAAAGGGUGUGGGUGCAACAGGAUGGUUUCAAGAUUUUAGCAGGCAAAUAUUUCAUUAGCAUUGGCUGCACUCAGGCUAAAAGAGAAGAGAAAUGUGCCAACUUUGCAGCAGCAUUCUGCUUGAUGCAGGAUAGACAUAAUUUCUGCUGUCUGUUUUGCUCAUUGCUGAUAAUCUAAGGAUUAUGAACAUGAUACCCUGCUCUUCUAUAAGAUUUCAGUUUCUUGUUUAUGUUUCAGUAUUUGUCAAGCUCCAGCUGAGCUACUGAAAUUAAACCACAAGUUGCAAUUGACUAAAGGCAGAAUGACAAAAGGAGGAAGGAAGAAAUGAUUCUGAACACAGGCAGCACAAGCAAGGCUGAGUGCUGCUACACCACUCAUAAUUGUUUAACAACCUUAGGAAGAACCACACAUCCUUGUCUGGAUCCAUGCUGAUAGGUGCUCUGUAGAUAUCAGAAGAACAGCUUGCUUGUCUAAGGAAAGUAAACGCGGCACACAAAUACAGCAAACAUCUAGAAGUGGCACAUAAAAGAAGGCAUGGAAAGGCAACUUGUAGUACUACAAGUACAAGCCUUGGGUACUUGUA